AUGGCCGGGGGCGGCAGGAGGCCGCCAUUCCCCCCCGGAGCCCUCCUGGGGAUGGUGGCGGUGAUGGCGGCAGGUUUGGUUGCUCAGAGUAGAGAGAGCGCUGUACCUCAGAGAGCACCAUAUUUCAUGGAAGAGAAUUGUGUUUAUGGAGACACCAGACACGAAGUUAAAGUGUACGUGAAGGUGUUUACAAACAGCCCGUUUCUAGUGUGUAUGGACGUGUCUUACGCUAAAGAAGAAGUGAUAGAUCCCAAGUAUUUGUGGACUGGUCCAGAUGGAAAAGAUUUAGAAGGGCAGAAGUAUGUGAAUCUUACAGAAACAGGAAAGCUGAUGCUGAGGGGUUUUAGGGAGUCGAUGUCUGGAGCCUACACUUGCACUCUUUCUCACAAAGUCGUACAAAUGAUGACACAAGAAGAAAGAGAAAUGGUUGAGGCAUAUAAGUUCAUGGUGUAUGCAUACCAAGAAGCUGACCACGCAUACCAGGUGUUUGUUCGCUAUGUGACAAAUAAAUGUCAGCAAGAAGCCAACAGCCGGUUCUUUGAGGAACUAAUCAAAACCUUAAACAGCAUCAUCUCUGACCUGAAGUGCCACAUUAUAGAGCCCUCCUACAAAUGUCAUUCCAUCAGGACACCUGAACAAGGCCUGCUGCAUGAACUGUUUAUUACUUUUCAAGUCAAUCCAUUUGCAUCAAGAUGGGAAGGAAUUUGCCACCAGAUUCCUUACUAUUGUGAAGAUGCGCCAAACAGGAGAGUUGAAGAGGCAAGAGUUAAUAUUGCAAAGUUUUUCGAAAGGCAGGCGUAUCUUUUGAAGCAUGAGCUUCGAACCAUCCCUGCAAUCUACUACCAGGAGAACAGCAUCGCCAUGACUCGCAUCAACAGCUGUCGGCCGGGCUUUGGGAAGAACAUCACCCACAAGAAGUGUGCUGCUUGCUGCGUGGUUUGUGAGCCUGGAACUUACAGUCCUAACAACGACGUGACCUGCCAGAUCUGUGCAAGGCCUCAAGUCAAAACGUACGGAGCAACGUCUUGCUAA